AUGGUCUCCUAUCCUCAAAAGUCAAAUGUCAAACAACAACAACGAAUGGAUUCCAACUCUCCACUCUCUCAACAUUCAUACACCGCAUGUUCUUCAAAAUCUCAUCAGAAUGAGAAUGUCAACAAUAACAAUCAUCUUCACAUGAUUCAUUCUCCCAACAAAACCCAAAGAGGACAACAACAACAACUUUCAAAUGGUCAUAGAAGAACACGAAUUGAAAAACCCUCCAAGAUGAAACAUGCACACAUGAAGGACCUUCUUUUCCAUUCGUUACAGCAGUUCGAUGAGCACCUCACGUCGAACAUUUCCACAUGUGAUGAUGAUUCAUCCUCGAGCACAUGCAUGCAAAAGAGAAGGAACAUUCACAAUUCACCACCAACACAACUUCAACCACUUGUAGUGAUUCGCCAAUAUUCAAGUCGAAAGGAGGAUCCUUUCAUGCAUGAAGAAGAAAAGACAUCACUUGAAAGAACAACAAUCACAUGUGAGAGACAUGCAUGUGGUGGAUAUGAGGCACCUUCGAAAGGAUCAAACAACAACAUGAUGUUCGUGUCGUCGUCGUCAUCAUCCUCAUCGUCAAAAUAUGACCAAUCACAAAGUGAUUCAAGUGGUUCAUCGUCUUCACAUGCAAAAAUUCAAAACGAAAAGGAUGCAAAAUAUUUGGAAUUACAACAAUCACUAGCCAUGUUUUUUGGGUUUGUUUUGGGAAUUUUGAAAGGAAGUGAUUGGAAAUUGAGAGGUGGAAGAAUGGCACACAGUUUUGGAAUUUUUCAAGAUUUGCAGAAAUUUCAACAAGAUAUGCUGCAAUCUUGCAUGUCUAUUCCAAAAGCAACAGAACAAAACUCUUUAAUAAUGAAGGAAGACUUCAGUGAAUCGCGAACUCGUCAUCGACCUGUGGAUGAAAAACCUAUCAUUGAUAACACAAAACAGUGCAUUAAUUUCAAUAUUCCCAAAAAUGGUUACAUGCAUCCACACACUUUUCAACAAGAAGAACUCCAAGAAGCUUCUUCUUCCACCUCGUGCAGUCAUUACAAUUAUAACAACGGCAGCAACAAUGUUCACAUGAAAUUGUCAAGCAUGAACACUUCAACACAUGCAUGUGAGAGAGAACAAUCUCUUCCUUCCUCGUCUUCCAUGAAGCAUGCCAGAACCUCCAUUUCCAUCAAAGAGUUGUUGAAUACAAAUCCAACCGAGUGA